CCAUCUUUCUUAAUUAUAACUAAGAAACAAAAACACCACAACAACACACUGUUCUGUUUCUAAGGAUACACUCUCUCUCUAUCCUCAAUCUCCAUCUUAGGGUUUCGUUUCAUCUUCGACGCACUCGCACUCCAAUUUCCACUUUCCUUCUCUCCAAAAUGGACUCCGAUUCCUGGAUUUCUGCUCGUCUCUCAAGCUCCUCACGCCGCUAUCAUUCUCGAUCUGAUCUGUACCUCGGUGGUCUCGACGAUACCGACGGUGGCGAUGAUUUCAGAGCGGAGUUCCUCUGCCCUUUCUGCGCUGAGGAUUACGACGUCGUUGGCCUCUGUUGCCACAUUGACGAGGACCAUCCUCUCGAAGCCAAGAAUGGGGUGUGUCCGGUUUGCGGAAAAAAGGUGGGAAUGGAUCUUGUUGGACAUAUUACCACGCAACAUGGGAAUUUUUUAAAAGUGCAGCGUAAAAGAAGGGUCAGGAAAGGAGGCUCUAGUUCAACAUUUUCUAUAUUGAGAAAAGAGUUGCGAGAAGGAGCCUUGCAGUCCCUUCUGGGAGGUUCUUCGUACGUAGCUUCCUCCAAUUCUGAGCCUGAUCCUCUGUUGUCAUCAUUUAUUUUUAAUCCGGUUGUAGCUGAUGAAUCUGUUAGUGUACAAUCUUGUCCUUCCAUCGAAGUUGCCCCAGUUAAAGAAAGCUCAAAAGAUGAUUUCUUGGAAAGAAAAAUUGAACAGUUACAGCUGUCGGACGAGGAUCAAGUAGAGAAGGCUCGAAGGUUUGAUUUCGUGCAAGGGCUGCUGAUGUCCACCAUUCUUGAUGAUAAAUUAUGACUGAAAUUAUUGUAGCUCGUAUGCCAUUAUUGUAUUAGGAGCAGGAGCUAUAAGCACGAGGGAGGAGUUUACUCAGAAUGGUGCCAAGUGGUUGUAGUAGCUAGAUCGGAUAAAUAUGUAAUGUAUCUAUAAAUUAUGUUCAUAAAAUGCAAAGAUGGAAGAACCCUUUUUAUCCUGUUUGAGUUCUAUGUUAGUUCCAAAUAACCAAUGGGAAUAAAAUUCGUUUGACGAGAAUGGAACAAUGGGC